AUCUCCCCAAAAGGGAAAGCCUUAGGCGUCCCGGAAGACCCCGCGGACUGUGCACCUCGAGGUACCAGCCUCUCCUAGGAGGAGUAGGGGGCCGCUGGUCAGCGGCUGGCAGAGGGGACCUGUUUGCUGGCCCGUUUGGACGUGGGAUGGGGUGGGGUUUGGAGACUGAGAAGCCCAAGAGAAGACACUGAGUUUCUCCCCACCCCCCAACUCCACUUCCGAUAAAGAACCAGGUGGCGAGGAGGAAUAAGGCGACGUGUAAACACAAACAACCUCAAAAAGAAGCCAAGAAAAGCGAAGCCCAAAGAAGCAAGAGCAACACUGUUACAAAACUGUCUGGUUUUGUAACAAUUUCCCCGCCGCCGGCCAAUGAGCAGCGUGGCGGCAGGUCACGUGGUACCGUUUUAUAUAACACUUUGCUGAGACAAGACAGUUAUUAGGCGGCGCGGGGCGCCCGGCAUGGAGCUCCCGGAGGCGCGGCAGGGUCCGGAGCUCGGUGGCACGGCGGCGGUGGCUGCCCCGAUUUCCUCCAGCUGCCACUCUUUGCUUCGUGUCCCCAGUCCCUAGACGCCUCUUCCCCUCCCGUGUCCCUCUUCCUAUGGAGUCCUUACGGACCGAACAGAUGCUGAGCUUGCCCGCCGAGGUCAGCAGCAACAACUUGGAGCCGGCGGAGCGAGGGGCAUCAGCGGCCCAAGUAGACAUGGGCCCCCACCGAGAGGCGGCUGCAGAGAGCCCGGCACCUCUACCGACGCGGGAGCCAGAGCAAGAGCAGUCUCCGGGAACCUCAACGCCGGAGAGCAAAGUCCUGCUCACGCAGGCAGACGCCUUGGCGUCCCGGGGGAGAAUCCGGGAAGCCCUCGAGGUGUAUAGACAGCUCUCCGAGCGGCAGCAGCUGGUGGCUGAGCAGCUGGAGCAGCUGGUGCGCUGCCUGGCGGAGAAAGUCCCGCAAGGCGAGGCGCUGGCGCCAGCGCCCCCGGGCGAGGGUAGCACCGCAAGCGGCGCCGUGGCGGCGGAAGAGACUGGGGCCGCCGCAGCCGCGGCGGCCACCGAGGUGUGGGACGGCUUUAAGUGCCGGAAAUGUCAUGGGUUUCUAUCAGACCCCGUGUCCUUGUCGUGUGGCCACACCUUUUGUAAACUGUGCCUGGAACGUGGGCGGGCCGCCGACCGGCGCUGUGCGCUGUGCGGGGUCAAGCUCUCUGCGUUGAUGGUGGCCACUGGGCGGGCGCGUGGAUCCCGGCGGGCUGGGCAGCAGCCGCCGCCGCCGCUGCGAGUCAACGUGGUGCUCAGCGGCCUCCUCGGCAAGUUGUUCCCAGGCCCGGCGCGGGCGUCGCAACUCCGGCACGAGGGCAACCGGCUGUACCGCGAGCGCCAGGUGGAGGCGGCGCUGCUCAAGUACAACGAGGCAGUUAAGUUGGCUCCGAAUGACCACUUGCUUUAUAGCAAUCGGUCUCAGAUUUAUUUCACCUUGGAGUCUCAUGAGAACGCACUGCAUGAUGCAGAAAUAGCAUGUAAGCUCCGCCCAAUGGGUUUUAAGGCACAUUUCAGAAAAGCCCAAGCCUUAGCCACCCUAGGCAAGGUGGAGGAGGCACUAAGGGAGUUUCUCUACUGUGUAUCCCUUGAUGGAAAGAACAAGAGAGCAAGAUGUGAAGCCCAAAGACUUCUCCUUAGUUUCUUUUCACCAUCAGUCCCGGGGGAUUCUCAGGAACAUUCUCCCGAUAUCCUGAAGCUGUUGGCACCUCACCCUAGAUUAAAGGAAAACGUAGAGUCAAUGACUACUGAAGUUACCAGCCAUAAUCUGCCAAGGUUGUUACAGGACAAUCUGGAGCUCCCACAUUGUUCUAGUCAGGAGGAAGCAGCAGCCAGGGGAGAUGGCAGCAGUCUGAUGGAUCCAGCUAAAGUGAAGGGGGAUGGUCAGCAGCACCACAUGAAAGACCAGGAAGAAGAGGAGGAGAAGUGGGAUGCUACCUCUCCAAAAGCUGCUUCCAGCAAGACUGGAAAAUGCCAGGAAAAGAAAAGGAAACAUUGCCAAAUUGAAUCCCAAGAAGACACAGGGAUGCCUAAUAAAGCCUCCAAGCAAGAUCCUCCCACUGAUCAGGGGGACAAACCUGCUCUCAGUUUACCACUUGCAUCUUUCGACGCAUCUGACCUUGAAUGCGCUCUAUGUAUGAGAUUAUUCUAUGAGCCAGUCACAACACCUUGUGGGCAUACUUUUUGCUUAAAAUGCCUAGAAAGAUGCCUAGAUCACAACGCCAAGUGUCCAUUGUGCAAAGACGGUCUUUCACAGUGCUUGGCAUCAAGAAAAUACAGCAAAAAUGUAAUAAUGGAGGAGCUCAUAGCUAAAUUCCUUCCAGAAGAACUGAAGGAACGAAGGAAGCUUUACGAAGAGGAAAUGGAAGAACUUUCUAACCUUAAUAAGAAUGUGCCUAUUUUCGUGUGUACUAUGGCCUAUCCCACGGUUCCUUGUCCCCUGCACAUCUUUGAGCCUUGUUACCGCCUAAUGAUUCGUAGAUGCAUUGAGACAGGCACGAGACAGUUUGGCAUGUGCCUUGGAGAUCCUGUCAAAGGGUUUGCAGAAUAUGGCUGCAUCCUAGAGAUCAGAAAUGUUCAAUUCUUUGCCGAUGGCCGCUCAGUGGUUGACAGCAUAGGAAAGAGGCGCUUCAGGGUGCUCCAUCAGAGCCAGCGGGAUGGCUACAACACAGCCGACAUUGAAUACAUUGAAGACCAAAAGGUUCAGGGAGAGGAUUGUGCUGAGCUCAUGGGAUUACAUAACUGUGUCUAUCAGCAAGCGUCAUUGUGGUUUCAUUCACUCAAAUCAUCCCUAAAGAAUCGGAUACUCAAUCACUUUGGUCCCAUGCCGGAGAAAGACGCUGAUCCUCAGAUGAACCCGAAUGGCCCAGCCUGGUGCUGGUGGAUGUUAGCGGUUCUUCCCUUGGAAAGCCGAGCUCAACUCCCCUUCCUAGCAAUGAGGUCCUUAAAGGACAGACUGAAUGGUAUUCGACGAGUCCUGGCCUUCAUAUCCCGAAACCAAAACUAGUGAGUGGAUUGCUGAAGAGGAGCUCCCACCUUCCCCACUGCCGUUGGGGGGAGUCUUGUAAAUAUAUCUAAUUGCAAUAAUAUCUUAAUAGAAGGGAGUGUCAAACAGAGGCGUGAGCCUGCUGUUGAUCACAGAGAGAAGUUGAGUAGAAAGACCAAAAGAAUGUGACCUCUUUGAAACUUUCUGUCUUAAGAUGCUUCUUGACAUGCUGCGUAACUACAUAAACAGCAGAGGUAUUUAAGAGCCCAGAAAAACAUAAUUUGAUUUUAGCAUUAAAAUUUCCAAAAGUUUAAAGUGGUUUUGCUUUAAUAUUCUUUCUUUCAUAGAUCAAUGACUGUGUGGUUGAAAUGUGAGAACAAAGAUACUAAUAAUGUUGCUGUAUAAUUUCACUGACUUGAGGUCUCAUUCCAAAUGGUUCAGGUUUUAUAGAGCAUUGUGUAAAAUAAUGUUCAUACUUCUUUCUGUUUUAAUAAUUUAUUUUUUGCACUACUGUAUCCUUUUUUCUACAUGUAUGUUUGUAACUAUGUAAGCGUAUAUUGCUCAAAAGUUCGUUGCUUUAUUUAUUGAUGUGGUUUACCGUGUACCUAGGGGGAAAUAACAAUACUAGAAGUGUGCAGUUUUUGCUUUAAUCUGUUUUUUACUACGGUGACACUAGUUCUUAGACCAUUUCUGUAUCUAUCCAAGUGGAUGCUUAAAAGAAGUUCAGAAUGAUGCUAAGAUAAUCUGUCUUCAGAGUCCGCUUUUUUUUUUCAGUUUGAACUAAACAAUAUAAAAUACUUAAGGGAUUUGGCCUAGAUUAUGGUGUAAGCCAAGGUAAAGUAAAAUAAUUCAUUUUCUGUGUGUAAUACAGAACAAAGCUGAAAGAAUUAUUUUUAUUAUAGGCAUUUAUUUCAGCAAUCUAAUUGUACGUGUAUCUAAUUUUUCCCUAGUGCAGUUAGGAAUGGGAUUUUAGGCAGGAUCAUAAUUAACUCUUCAGAGGAAAUGGCGUUCAGUUUAGCACAUCGCAGUCAUGCCCAGCUAGCCUCCACACCCCAUCUCUCCUCAGGGUUCUGAGGAUCAAGACCUGGGCAGAAACACUUGAUGAAGGACUUUUUCUUAUUAAAAGUGUAAACAAGCCAAAUAGAGUAGAACCCUAUAAACAAUCUUUUUAAAGGAACCAGACGGCUGGGCCCAGUGGCUCAUGUCUGUAAUCCCAGCACUUUGGGAGGCUGAGGCAGGUGGAUCACUUGAGGUCAGGAGUUCGAGACCAGCCUGACUAACAUGGUGAAACCCUGUCUCUACUGAAAAUACAAAAUUAGCCAGGCGUGGUGGUGCAUGCCUGUAAUCCCAGCUACUUGGGAGCCUGAGGCAGGAGAACCACAUGAACCCGGGAGAUGGAAGUUGCAGUGAGCCAAGAUUGCACCAUUGCACUCCAGCCUGGGCGACGAGCAAACCUGCAUCUCGAAAAAAAAAAUAAAAGGUGGGGGGGAGCCAGAUAAUCUAUUAUUUUAUCUAAGUACUGCCUUUGCUUCUAGUUGCAUGGGUGAAAUAUUUCAAUGUAGGGGAAGAAUACAGGGUGAGAAGUAAGAGUAAGCCCUGAUUUAGCUUGCUUAGUGCUAGUUUGAGUCCUUCAGUGGCAGGACAGCCUGUAAAGUACCACGAGUAUGGGAGUGUUAUAAUGGCAGAGUGAAACGAUUAGAGCAGGGAGGAAGUGAAUUGUGCCAUUAGUACUUUCAUGCAAAUCAUACCAUGUGAUUUUGGAUAGCGAAUGAUUUUUGCAUCAUUCACUCACAGCUCAUUGCUCUGUUAAGGUGAGAAGGGUAAUUCUUACUUCUCCCAUCACCACCUGUAGCUAGAAACAGGAAAGGGAGAAUGAGAUGAUCCAGACGACAUAAAAAAGAUACAUGUAAGCAGAAACCAGAUGGUCUUUGCAGCACUCACUUAAUGGACAUUGUCGCCAGAGCAUUGUGUUUAUCAGAUUUGAUGUUUGCAGCUAGUCUGGGCAGGUGAAGAACAGAAAUAGAUGGAAGUAUAGGCAUGAUUUCUGCCCAAGCAAACUCUGCAAGGCUCAGGGAGCAGAAAAGACUCCCCCUCCCCCCGAUUCUCAGACCAUCUGGUCAUAACACAAUCCUAAUAGUUUCUUAUUAUCUAGUGUAAAUGCAACAAAGACAAGGGCCCUGAGCUUCUCUACUUAUUAGAUAUAUUACUUUUGGCAAUUGAUUUAACUUUUGCCAAGCCCCAGUUUUCUAAUCUAUGAAAUGAUAGUGAUAAGUUCUGCAUAUAGGGUUGUUACAAAAAUUAAAUGAGAUAACGUGUAAAUCAGUUAGCACAGUGUCUCACACCUAGAAUGCAUUCAAGAAAUAAUACCUACUAUUAGAUUAGUCAUAGUUAUAGAAUAUCAUCAAGGGCCUACAUUUGUAUAAAACGCUGCCUUUACACACAAUAUCCACUUAAAACCCCUUUAAACUUACUUGGGGGAAUACAUACCACUGAUUUUUGGACCCAUAAUUUGAUGAUUUACAGAUAAUUCUUUUGGGAAUUAAAUCUGUGUGAAAGUGAAAUGACUGGAGAACAAAUGAGGGUCAGAGAUAGCGAUCAAUCGUAUACCAGAAAUUUUUUUCCCGCUUCAAUAAGGGCUAAAAGGUAGUGCCGUUUGUAGGUCUGGGAUUUCUUUUGUGUGUGUGUGUGUGAGAGAGAGAGUCCAAGUCUCACUCUUUGUCACCCAGGCUGGAGUGCGAUGGCUCGAUUUCAGCUCACUGCAACCUCUGCCUCCCAGGUUCAAGUGAUUCCCCUGCCUCAGCCCCCCAAGUAGCUCGGAUUAUAGGCACGCACCACCAUGACUGGCUAAUUUUUGUAGUUUUAGUAGAGAUGGGGUUUCACCAUGUUGGCCAGGCUAGUCUCAAACUCCUGACCUCCGGUAAUCCACCUGCCUGGGCCUCCCAAAGUGCUGGGACUACGGGUGUGAGUGUGAGCCACCGCGCCCAGUGUAGGAUUUCUGAUAGAAUGGAAGCCUUAAGUUCUAGCUCAAUUAGAAUAACCAACUUACCACUCCCUGUUCUCCAAAAUAUAUUGAGAACCUUACCCAUCCCAGAUGAUUAGAGUUUACAAUCUGUGACUUCUGUGCUUAGUUGUAGUAUUUCUUUAUGUUGCCCAAAGUAACAGAUUCAACAAAAAUGUGCUGAGAUCCCCAUGUACCGGGUACUGAGCCAAGUGAUCUCACAUACCUGAGCUCAUUAAAUCAUUUAUUUCUCAUAUCAACCCUGCGAGAGCAGUUAUAUCCCUAUAUUAUGAAUGACAAAACUGAGCCUCCACUAUGUUGAAUGCUUUGUCUAGUUGCAAGGCAGGAUGCAAGGCUAAGCUUUGGCUUUCUUUGGGAUGUACCUUAACGAGGUAAUCAAUUGGUCUUGACCAUUUUUACACUGGGAAAUUGGUUUUGCUGCACAGCUUGGGAAUGAAGGAUAUCUAGAAGAAAGACAUAAAGCUAAAUCUAGGCCAGAAAAAUAAGACUUCCCCCACGGUAGAUAGUGCCACUUAUUUGGUUAGUUUUUUUGUCUGUCAUGACUGACCCAGUCUUUUGCCUAGUAGGUUAUUUUUUGGUUAUUUUUUGUAUGUAUGUAUAUAUGUCUUCGUGUGUGUGUGUGUGUGUAUAUACACACACACACAAGGUAGCAAGCGGACAUCAUGCCUUUCUGCUUUGUACUGUACUACUGCUGCUAGCAAAUAACCAGCAAAAUGUAGAAAAUAAAAAACCAAUUUUCUGUAGACAACUUGGAGAAAAGAGUGCCUGCCCCUGACUUAGCGGGGCAGAGAAUGACUAUUUUUAAAGUUUGCCUUUUCUGAAGGCCAGCUGCUUCUAGCCCAGUGCUGCCUAGGCAGCAAGGGGCAAGCCGAGUCAUUGCGCAUGUGGCGCUUCCAGCUCUUACCUGUGGAGCUGACCUGGGCUCAGAUAAUCCCCUGUGACUGGCCAUUGGAGCGGUGCAGCUCCUAAGGCUUGUUCACAGCAUCCAGAGGUCUCUUACAGUAAACAGAUUGCAUACUGUUGACAGACUGCAAUCUGUCUGUGUUCCCCACACCAACUCCAUUUCCAAGAUGGGAAUUUUAUUCAGGGACUCAUUCCUUGAGUUCCCAAUAUAUUGACUUUGCAUCCAUUACUGCUCACCAAGGCAGAACCAUAACAGUGGUGUGUGACAAAGAUGCAAAUGGAGGGCAGCCCAAACAAUGGAAAAAGGAAGAUUUUCAGCCCAUUCUUGAAGCUGAGAAAUGAGGUUUUGAUUUAUGAUAGAAGACAGUUCUAAAAAGCAGCUGGCAGCAUGGGCUUCAAUUUGUGCCCGUUCUGAGUUCAAAGAGAAGGAAGGAAAAGGAGCCACAUAAAAUGUACACAUUCAAUUCAUCUUAGAAUGAUAGCUCCCACCUUAUUACACUGUACAACUAUUUAAUAAUCUGGAUUACACACAUCCAGAGGUGAAAUGAAGAAAUUUUCACUUACAAAAGUGUAUUUCCAAACAUGCUAAGUUAACCUCCAGAGAGAAGUGCCUGUAAUCUCUGUUCCUGGUGUCACUUUAAAGCUUUUGCUUCAUGACUCUGUAGCUGUUGUUUAAAAUGUUUUUGCAGCAAACGUGAUUUAACAGAAGUUUACAAAGCAACACUGUAGCUAAUGCAUAAUUUUAAAAGUCGAUUAACAUUUAUCUAUUGUUAAAGCAACACUAAUAAUGGAAUAAAAGGAAAGUUAAUAGGUCAAUGUGGCACCAUAGGCUUAUUUUAGAUAAACUAGUUCCAUCAUCUUAUGCAGUUGUAAGUAAUGCCAGGAUUAAAAUAUCAAGCAAGCCACAUAAACAGUGGCAAAUGUGUGUGUGUUUUCCAUUUGUUUGGUAAGCAGCCAUUUUACUCUUGCACUGUAACGAACUGAAGGGAAAUAUAAGAUAAUGCUUUUUUUUCCCCCCAUAUUGCUAUUCAACUACCUCUAUAUGCUUUAUUUCUUUUUAGGAUUCCCUUCCUCCAAAUCUGUACAAAAACGUUUCAGCUCAUCUAUGUUGUAAUAACAAUGUGAUACAGACAGUUUGUGUGAAAGUUGUUUGUUCAUUAAAAAAAUGUUUCCUAUUGCCUCA